AUGGCGACAGUUGCUCGGGAUAGAAACAAUCCCGGGAUUUUCUGGAUUAAUGACACGUCAGAUGAAGACCAAUCGACGGUGUAUGUUCCAGGAGUGAGCAGAAAAAUGGGACCGAAGUUUAGAUCUUGCAGCAGUGGCGACACAAAACUCAAAGGCAGAGCCGUGUUUAACGGUGAGGGAAAGGUCAGAAAGAAGUCACUGUCUCUCCAUUCUGUGGAAUCAGUACGAAACGCAGCUCAAUCACAGAAAACUCCUACAUCUGUUGCCAAAACCAGAAGCCCCACUCUUUCCUCUGAGCCUCCUCUUACUUCCCUAACCACACUACAGCAACCACUGUCGUAUGAAGUUGAGGCUAAAAGCAAGGCCUCCCUAAAGGACCUCUGUCCAGAGGACAAGCGCCGCAUUGCCAAUCUUAUCCAGGAGUUGGCCAGAGUGAGUGAGGAGAAAGAAGAGUCUGUACAAAGACUCAGGGAUGAACAGGAGACAUUUGAGAGAAAAAUCCAACAGCUAGAACAACAGAACCAGCUCAUCAUACAAGAACGAGAGAGCCUCCAGCAGCAGUACAGGGAGUGUCAGGAGUUACUGGGACUCUAUCAGCAAUACCUCUCCCAACAGCAAGAGAAACUCAACAAGUCUAUCGCCCAGCUCAACCAGGACUGCUCCCACAGAAAGGUUCUCAGCAGUGAGGGAACUCUUGCAAGGUCCUGGUGUGAGGGAGGAAAAGGGACUGCCCUGGAUGGUUCCUACCUUGACCUUCCUACAUUUAGAGGAGGUGACAGAAAGGGUGGCCCCGUUGGCUGCGCUCACUCUUUUUCCGAAAAGCGCUCCAGCGCCACGCCUUCCUCCAGCAGUGACAGGGACUGCAGCCAUGGAGGAUGCAGCGACUCCGCCACAGGACGGCGCUCUAAGAGGGAGCAUUCUGCCCAUGGGUCCAAACACCUUCGCCGGUACCCGGAUCUGGAGAACGGCGGCGUGAACCCGACCGGCCGGGCAGAGGCGACACCCGGGCGGGUCGACUGGGAGGAGAAGAAGCAACGUCUUUUGUUGCAGAAAAAACAGCUGGAGCUGGAAAGAGAGCGACUGCAGGCUCGCCUCGCCCAGCAGGAAGAGCGUCUGAUCAGACAGAACCAGCAACUGCGCCAGACCCGUCUCGACUUCAGCAGGUGUCACGAUGUAGGCACAGCAGAGUUAAAGGACUCUUUGAAUGGAGUGGGACACCCUAAUGAAGUUCCUCAGACCAGUGGCAUUAUAGAACAGAGUGAAGAAACAGGACAAGCUGUAGAGAUCCUGGAAGGAAGUUUCAAACAGCCUGGAGGUGAUUCUCAGCCUAAUUGUAAGGACGUUCUACUGGCUCAGCCAGUACCUCCACAUGAUUAUGUCUCUACACUGUUGUUAUGUCUCUGCUUGUCCACAGAGCUUUCUGCCAUGGCCAAGAAAGACAUGGGCACCUCCCCUAUUGUCUCUUCAUCCUUCCAAAAGCCGGGCCAUUCUCCAGUGGCACCGCUGCAUCUUCCCAAGACUCCACAGGCACGGUUGGACUCCUCUUUGAUGGAGCUGUUGGACCUUUUCAGUCCCACCUCUGAUCCAGACAGAAGCAAAGUAUCCACCCAGAAACGGUCCGCUACCCACCACCAGCCUUACAGGGUCCUCCAGCCCCUGCAGAGUAACCAGCUCUCCCCACUGCAGCCGCAUCGGCCCUCCCAGCAAGACCUGGAGGAGAGUCAGAUUUUGGAAGACAUCUUCUUCAUCUGCUGAAGGGGAGAAAUGUCGUGACGCAGCUAAACCCAACAGGGACUGAUAGAGAGAGGUCACGGGGAGCUGUAGAGAGGAACUCGAGAUCGCAGCAUCGCACCUCAGUUACAGGGCAGUCUUAACCACUGCUCUUUACUACCAAUCACCCCUUCCUGUAUCUGUCACCUGUUACGUC